AUGGCAUCUUAUAUGCGAAAAAAUGGGAAGUCACCGAACUACAUAAAGAAAUCGGUUAAAUCAAUACUUGCUCAAUCAUACACCAACUGGGAACUAUUCGUUACUGGAGACAAUUACGAAAAUGAGCGAGAAUUUUCCUCACUUUUCACCAGUAUAUCGUCAUCGAAGUUAUUUCUCCAUAAUCUUCCGGAAGCUGGAGAGCGAGAUAAUCUUACUGGCAUCGAACUAUGGCAAAGUGGCGGUGCUUCGGCCAUGAACGAUGCACUACAACGUGCUGAGCAACAUCAUAGUACUUGUGGAUCCAAAUGCAACAUAUAUGUUGCGCAUCUAGAUGAUGAUGAUAUUUGGUCUGUCGAUCAUCUGAGUGAGCUUCUAUCGGUCUUUACUCGAUAUCCAUCGGUCGUUUUCACAUGGACUAAAGGAUACUUUUGUCAUAGUGAAGGUAAUCCUUAUCCACCUACAAUGGUCCCACAAGAUACAGUCAAUAAUUGGCUUAAACCGUUUGGCGGGAAUAUACUACAUUCUUCAUAUGCAUGGAAUAUGACAGUGUUUCGAGGUUUUCGAUAUCGAAGACUAUGGGAUUUCCCUCCAAAUUUCCGAGAUUCGAAAACGACAGACUACGAUUUGUUCGAGGUAGUACGUGCAUAUAUUACGGCAAAAAAGUUAGAUUACUAUCAUAGUAAUCGAGCUACAAUUGAGCAUCUUGUUGAAAUGGGGAAUUCUUGUACUAAAAAUGGCUCCCUAUGGUAUCCAGAAUAA